AUGGCUAGCGGACGCAGCUCUUCGGACGACAGGAUUCUGGAGGUCAUAUUCGACCCAGAGGCGCCUCUCCUUGCCUUACAGGUGUCCUUAGAGAGAGUUUUUCUUCUCAAACAGGAAGAUGGAGAGUUGGAGGGAGGAGGAGGACAUUCAGAGCAGCAGCAGCCAGCCCCGAGGGAGGUGAGGGAGAGAGAGGUGAGGGCAGUGCAAGCCGCGGAGGAAGGGAGACUGGAUGAAGCCUUGCAGCUGCUCAACGAGGCCGUCGCCAUGGCACCUGACUCCGCCUCGGUCUAUAACAACAGAGCACAGGUCUACCAGUUGAGACAGCAGAUGGAGGAGGCGCUGUCUGACCUGAACAAGGCCGUUGAGCUGAGCGGUGGGCGAGGGAAGGCUGGCGAACAGGCCCUCUGCCAGAGGGGCAUUAUUUGGAGAGUCAAGGGAGAGGAGGAGAGGGCGUUGCAGGAUUUCAAGAGAGCUGCAAAACUCGGCAGCAGAUUCGCACAGAGACAGGUCGUCCAACUCAACCCUUACUCUGCCCUCUGUAACCAGAUGUUGACUGAAGCAAUAGGAAAACUUCAGAGAGGAGAAGAAAGAACAUAAAACUGUCUAUUGCACUCUAGUGUGUAUGAUAAUAUAUCCACUGUUUGUCCAAUAUAUUAGAGUUGUCUGCUGAUUAGAUAUAGC